AAAAUAGAAAUGAGUGAUUCCAUUCUAACAAAUGUGUAUAUCUUUAUUUAAUGUAUUUCUAUACCAUUAAUAUUCCAGCAUAUUCAUUUUUGUAAUAAAAAAACAAUUACUGAGCAUUGGAACGUAUUAUAGUGAAUAGCAAUUUUUUAGAAUGGCAAAUAUUUUUAAAGCUAUAAGAGUAUUAACUUUACUUGAUAAUGGGAAAACGUAUCCUACGUUUAAAGAUGCAGUUACAUUAAAAAUUAACUAUGAUCCACAAGGUCUUUGUUUAGAAAUUCAAUCAGAUGAUGCAGCUCAAAAAAGUAAAUAUUCAUUAUUACAUAUUCCAUUAGUACAUGAUACUGACUGCUCAAAAGUAUCAAAUCGUAGUUAUGUUUUUACGUUAGAACCCGAUAGUUAUCUUCUAACAUUUCCGAAUGAUUUGGAUUUUCACAAUUUUCAUUUACAGAUUUUAAAAUUAAAAAAUAAGAAAAAUGAAUCAGUAUUUAAUAAUCGUACAGAAGAAUCUUCAGCUAUGCAAUAUUUUCAAUUUUAUGGUUAUCUUUCGCAACAACAAAAUAUGAUGCAAGAUUAUGUACGCACGAGUACUUAUCAACGUGCAAUUUUAGGCAAUUUAUCAGAUUUCAAAGACAAAGUAAUUUUGGAUGUUGGUGCAGGAUCGGGUAUACUAUCCUUUUUUGCUGCUCAAGCUGGUGCUAAACGAGUUUAUGCUGUUGAAGCCAGUAAUAUGGCUAAUCAUGCUAAAUUAUUAGUCACAGCUAAUAGUUUAUCAAAUAAAAUUAUAGUAAUUGCCGGAAAAAUUGAAGAAAUUGAAAUUCCAGAAUUAGUUGAUUGCAUUGUAAGCGAACCUAUGGGUUAUAUGUUGUAUAAUGAAAGAAUGCUUGAAACUUAUCUACACGCUAAAAAGUGGCUUACUUCAGGAGGUAGAAUGUUUCCAUCUAGAGGGGAUUUACACAUAGCUCCAUUUUCGGAUGAAUAUUUAUAUAUGGAACAGUUUAAUAAAGCUAAUUUUUGGUAUCAAACAUGCUUUCAUGGUGUAGACUUAUCAGCUAUGAAAAGUCAUGCAAUUAAAGAAUAUUUUAGGCAACCUAUAGUAGAUACAUUUGAUGUUCGUAUAUGCAUGGCAAAAUCCGUUCGUCAUAUCGUUGAUUUCCAAACAGCUAAUGAGACAGAUUUACACAAAAUAGAAAUUAAUGUGGAUUUUCAUAUUCUUGAAAGUGGCACUUGUCAUGGACUAGCAUUUUGGUUUGAUGUAGCAUUCAUUGGGUCUACGCAACAAGUAUGGCUAAGUACUGCUCCUACAGAACCUCUUACUCACUGGUAUCAAGUUCGGUGUUUGCUUGAAAAUCCUUUAUUUUGCAAAAGUGGACAACUUUUAUCCGGUAUAGUUAAUUUAAUUGCUAACAAAAGACAAUCGUAUGAUGUUACUAUUGAAUUAAAAUUGGAAGGAACAAAUAUGGGAAGUAGCAAAAACACAUUAGAUUUAAAGAAUCCAUACUUUAGAUACACCGGAGCAGCUGUUCAACCACCACCAGGUCUAAAUAAUACAUCACCUAGUGAAUCGUACUGGAGUACAUUAGAUGUUCAAGGAGCUCGUCAAGCUGUAAAUAUGGUUAAUGGGAUAUCUGUAAAUGGCCUCGGAGAAGUAUCUAUGGAUACAGGAACUUUAGUUAACUCUGGUAACCUUCUGGCAAUUGGCCAACCAAAUAUACAUCCAGGUUCAAUAUCCAGUACUGGUCGUGGAAGAGUGGCAGUUUCUGCUACAAGUACUCAAGCAGCACAGUUAAUUGGUGGCGGUAUCACUCCUAAUAUGUUUACUUCACCAACUACAUGUCCAACAAUAUUUCCGCAUAGCAACGUCGAUUGAAGAUUCUCGAACCUUCCAAGGCAGUGCCCUUUUGGAGUUCUCGAA